AUGGUUAGCUACCUGCCCCCGGAGGUCAUGGAGAUUGUUUUAUCCAGCCUUGCGUGCCCAGAAGAUGGUAUCGGUUUUGCGUUGAGUUCAAAAUACGCAUACAUUUGCUUUCUCUCGUUCCUUGAACGUUGUGGAAUGAAGCUUUCGAAGCUUCUACCGAUUGAAGCCGCCCUUCACCACCGACCGUUCGAUACCAGUGACGUUCGUAAUCAAAUCGGACGGAUUAGGGACCUCGGAAACGGGACUUCUGAACUUCAAUCCACCGAUCUGAUUCAUAGCAGUCUCCCCGUUUAUAUCUGUCCGUGUAAGCAGAUUACUGUGGGCGGAAUGGCGCAUAUUGCGCAUGGCUUGUUUAAGCAUGCGCAGGCGGAGAUGCAGAUACCUCCUCUGGUACCAUUCCACACCCACGGCUCCGUUUUCUUUCAAUCUGAACACCAGUGCAUCUAUCCUGGCAGCCCAAACCAGGACAUUCAAAUCAAUUCAUAUUUUCAACUAAAUGGUGGCAAACUGCAAUUGGUCAACUGGUUCAUGUUCGACUUGAACGCCUAUCCUGGCAUAACACCGCCGGAUCUCCCCCGAUCCUCAGACCCCGAUUCAACUUGGCUAGAGAAUUCCUUUAGCCAAGUUGGACCGGGCUUCUGGGUCCGUGGAUCCUAUUCGUGGGUCAUUGGGGGGUAG